UUCUAAUUCUGUCUCGAAUCUUUAGACAAACUUGCCCCCUUGUCACCCAAAAAUCAAACGCAAUUCUCUCUCUCUCACCUUUUACAUCUCUAACAGCCCUUCCUAAAACCCUAAACCCUCACUCCCCAUUUUCCACUGCAAUAACAACAAUGUCCGACGUUCCGCCGGAUGUAAUCACCGAAAUACUCUCUCGACUCCCUGUAAUAUCACUUCUCAAAUUCCGUUGCGUUUCGAAAGCCUUCAAAACCCUUAUUGAUAGUCCAAAGUUCAUCAAAGCUCACAUCAAACAACAGCAAGAACGCAACCCGAAUGCUCAUCUCAACCUCUUUCUCAAAGCCCACAACGAAUCCGACAAUCUUUUUUCACUCGAAUUCACUUCAAACACGUCGACCCAACACCACCCAAAAGUGCUUGACCACCCACUAAAGCAGCUUGAUGGACCAACUCAGGUGCUCGGUUCCUGUCGUGGGUUGGUUUUGAUAUCGAAUAGCAUGAGUGAUAACGGGGUCUGGAAUCCGUCUACUAAGAGGUUUCGUAAAUUGCCUGUUUGGGAGUUUAAUCCUUCCCGUAAUAGUUCCGGUAGAGCCCCACACGGACGGGGACCGGGGUUGAUGCAGAUGAGUGGGGGGUUUGGGUAUGAUAAGGAUGGGGAGGACUAUAAGGUGGUUACCAUUGGUCAGUGGUAUCAUCCUGAUGAUGAACCGAAGAUGGUUUCGGAGGUGAUGGUUUAUAGUUUGAGGUAUGGUGGGUGGAAGAAGGUCGAGGAUUGUCCGUAUUGGUUGGUUAAGGAGGAAAAUGGCACGGCUGCUGGUGGUGCAUUGUACUGGCUUGUGACCAAGGAGCCAUUUUCAUGUGUUAGAUCGUGGAUUCUUGUUGGUUUGAAUCUUGGUACAGAGAGGUUUGAGAAGGUGCCAUUUCCGGUGGGUUUGGGGAAGCCGUUCCAGUUGAAUUUGGCGGUGUUGGGUAAAUGCCUUUGCUUGAUUUCGUGUUAUUGUAUAAGUGCAAAGAAUCAUGUUUUGGAUCAUGUUGAUAUGUGGAUGAUGAAGGAUUUUGGGGUGGAACAGUCUUGGGUUAAGUUGUUUACAGUUGAGCAGUUGGAUGGUCGUCAAAAUUUCAGUUUCUUGAAACCGAUAGUGUAUUCAGGGACUGGUAAGGAAGUUCUGCUGGAGAUGGAUAAUACGAAGCUUCUUUGGUAUAGUCUUGAAAAGAAGUCAGUUAAGCCUGCUAAGGUUAGCGGUGGAUUGGAAUCUUUUGAAUCCUUUGUCAAUUUGGGAACUCUUGUCCCUUUGUAUUAUGGGGGUGGCGAUGAAAAGGGUAAGAAGAAAGGGAUGGAGGAACGAGAUGACUCGGUGAUAGAGGAACUCUGAAGCUACUUUGAAAUUAUGGAGGAUGCUUUUCAGUUGACGAAGGGAUGGUGAAUAUAUAGAGACCCUUCUGUUUAUCUCUAGCUCUCCUCUAUAUGCACAUAUAGAGUUGGUGCAAUAUCUGUCAUUUCUCUUUUGUUAGCUAAACAAACUGUUGUCACUGGAAAACUUAUCUGUUGAUGCAAGUUAUUCUGCUAUUUAAUCUAGACAUUCUAAAGACCACCUGAUGAGAAGUGGUGAUAGUAGAAUUAACUAGUACAUUGAAUCUUCACCUAUGUAUCUAGUAUAGUAUAAGUGUCUUUUUGGCUGUUGGAAA